UCUAUAAAGGGCCAGCCUGAAUACAAGCCAGCCCCGCCGAAGAGGAUGGUGCUGAGACGACAACAAUCGGAAGAAGUUUCCUGUGACUUCUGCCAAGGAAACAACAUCAUGGCGGUUAAGUCUUGCCUCGUGUGCCAGGCGUCUUACUGUGAGAUUCACCUGACGCCACACCUGAGGGAUCCACCGCUGAUGAAGCACAGACUGACGGAUCCGGCCACCUUCGUCACCAGUAACCUCUGCAGGACUCACAACAUGAUCCUGGACAUGUUCUGCAAGAGGGAUCAGACGCCUAUUUGUGUGAAAUGUAGAGAGAGGGACCACAGGAACCAUGAGAUCGUCCCCAUCGAGAAGGAGAGCAAGAGGGUCAGGACUCAGAUGAAGAAGAUGGAAGCAGAGUUUAAUCAGAUGGUCCAGGCAAGAAGCAGAAAGCUGGAGGAGAUCAACGCAUCGGCAGAGUUGAGGAAUAUAAACAAAGAACGGCAGAUCCAAACAAGCAUUCAGGUGGUCACCGGGGUGAUAGGUGUCAUCGAGAGUAACCAGUCUUUGCUCAUGGAGGAGAUCGAGCAGAAGCACGAAGCGGCUGAGAGGACGAAGGAGGAGUUUAUCGAAGGUCUCGGGCAGGAAAUUAAUGAAGUGCGGAAAAGAAGAAGUGAGCUGAAGCACCUGGAGAACACAGAGGACCCUCUACAUCUGCUACAGGUGAGAAUGACAUGGAAACAACCUUUAUCCAUACUUUCUAAUGUAUCAAAGUAAUACGUCACUGUCUUCCGGUCAGAGAGGGCAAAAGUACACAC